CUAUAUGGUGACGCAAUUUGUGGUAAUGGUUUUGUCGAAGAAGGGGAACAAUGUGAUUGUGGGACACAGAAGGUACUGUCAAAUUUUCCUAUGCACGAGACUGCUUGUACGAAAGCCAGAUACCGCCAUCCAACCGUAUUCACAUGUAACGCGCAUGUUUCGUGUUGCCAGUGAGACUCACCAGAACGUAUUGUAAGAUUCUAAUACUCAACUACCUUUCCAAAGUUUGCUGCCUUACAUAGUUGGCCAUUUACAUAACUGAUGUAAUGCAGUAUUUUUGUUUAUUUCUUUAGGAGUGUGAUUAUUUUGGAAACAAAUGUUGUAAUGCAACAUCAUGUACCUUUCUCCCUGGAGCAGCUUGUAGUCAUGGAGAGUGUUGUGAGAACUGUCAGGUUCGUCAGAAUUGAGGAACUUUAAGAUUUGAGUCAAUUCUCUUGUAGAAAGAUUUGAAAACACCGGAAACAUGGCUAAGAUUGCCUAGGAAACAAUGUUUCUUGGCCUUCGGGAAAAUGGCUAGGAAACAAUAUGUUUCCACAACACUGUUUCUUACUUUAAUUUGCUCUGGGCCUUGGAUAUCAUACUACAAUGGUCUGACUGAGCGCUUGUUCGCAACAAAUUAAAUUCAUUACAGGCGACAAACUUGACGAUUGCCUGUUCAAGUAAGUACAGGUAGAUUCGCUGAAAAGUCGCCCAUUUAUUGUUAUCAUAUAAAAUUUUGCAGCUCAAGUCCAGAGGAAAAUUAUGUCGGGAAAAGUAUGAUGACUGUGAUCUUCCGGAACACUGCACUGGAAAUCAUGAAAUGGUAAAAAUGUUUUGUUUGCCUUGGUAACCGUCACGUGUACAAAAAUUGAUGUUUAUUCUCUGCCUGUAGUGUCCGGAGGAUCAUCAUGUUUAUAAUGGUAGACCUUGCAAGGAAAAUGACGUGAGUUAAAAUUUGAAGGAAGGAUUGGAGGAAGGGACGGAGAGACGGAAGGGACGGAGAGAAGGAAGGGACCGGAAGAAGGAAGGGACAGAGAGAAGGAAGGGACGGAGAGAAGGGAGGGAUCGAAAGAAGGAUGGGACGGAGAGAAGGAAGGGACGGAGAGAAAGAAGGGAUGGAGAGAGGGAAAGAAAGGAGAGAAGGAGGGGAUGGAGGAAGGAAGAGCCGAUGAGAAGGAAGAAUCAGAGCGAAGGAAGGGACGGAGAGAAAGAAACGAUGGAGAGAAGGAAAGGACGGAUAGAAGGAAAGGAUGGAGAAAAGGAAGGGAUGGAGAGAAGGAAAGGAUGGAGAGAAGGAAGGGAUGGAGAGAAGGAAGGGAUGGAGAGAAGGAAGGGAUGGGGAGAAGGAAGGGAUGAAGGGAGGGAAUGAGGAGGGAAGGAAAGAAGGGUAGAAUAAGAGAGGGAGGGAGAAAAAAGGGAUGGAGGAAGGGAAGAAUGAAAUUAAGGAUGAAGGAAGGAUAGAGGAAGGGAGUGAGAGGAGGACGUAUGGGAGGGGGGAGGUAGGAAUGAUGGAAUGAAGUACGGACUGAAAGACUAAAGGAAAAUCUUUUUUAAAUUCUUCAUUUGGUGUUUUAGGGCUAUUGUUAUGGCGGCAUUUGUCGAAAUAUUGAACUGCAGUGUCAAUACCUCUUUGGAGACGGUAAAUCUUGCUUCUUUUUUUAAAAACGUCCAUCGCAAACAAUCACAAGGCUAUCUACAUGUUGUAAACUAUACUCAUCAUAUUUGUUUCAGAUAUUAAAGCUGGUAAUGACCUGUGUUUCAACAGAAAUGCCGUUACGGGAAACGCUUUUUAUAAUUGUCACAAUGAUGCACAGGGAACUUUCACUUGUCCCAAAGAGUAAGUGAAUAUCGUAGAAAGGGAGUAAAGAAAGAAAGGUAGAAAGAAUGAAAAGAAUGGGAAGAAAGAAGGAAGUGUAGAUGGAUGGAUGGGUGAAGAAAAAUUUAUUUUUUUCAUGUUUUAAACUGUUUAGGGAUGUAAGGUGCGGUAGAAUCCAUUGUUUAUCAAACAGGGCGGAUCACAAAUUAAUACGUGGCCAGGACCGAACUACGUUUUGGGCUACUCAUGACAGAAAGACUUAUUGCAUGUAAGUUUGUUAUUGUUUUUAAAAGCAUGUAAGUGGAAAACACAACUUUGUUGUCCGAAAUUGCGUUGCAAAUUAUAGCAAAAAUUGUUUCGUGGAACAUGUUGUUAAAUUUAAGAAGUGACCAAUUGUCUCUUAUGUUGUAGUGCUCCCGUUUUCACAUGGGGAGAUGGCCUUGAUCCACAGUAUAUUGAAAAUGGCACAAAAUGCGCUGAAGGAAAAGUAAGAUACCUGAUUCUUUAAUAAAUAUAACUUUUAGGGUUUAGACAGUUUUAGAAUCUGAAUGUGUAGAGAUACGUGUAUGUCAGAAUCAGAUUAUCAUUGUUGUUUAAUUUGUUUUAAUUUCGGCCGUGGACAGCCUUGGUAUAUACUUAUAUACUUUACUUUAAAGCUAUUGUUAAGUGGUACUGUCAAGAGGGUUGAGGUUCUUAAGUCCAAAAGCAUUCUCAGAGCGAAGCCCCUCGACUCCUUAGUUGUUGGGGUCGUAUAGAGUAUGAGCCCACUAUAGAACGCUUCCACAUGACGUCACAGCCGACAUGUUGGUGUUCCAAUUCAAAAGAAUUUCAUAGACCUUACCGAUUAUUCUCUUUUACCCAGUGGCCUCGUUUCCAUGUGAACUUAUUUUAGCAUGUCAGGGGCAGAUAAAGAUUAUAUUCCCAUGUUUUCCUGGACGAAUUUGUUUCUUGCUGUUCUUAGGCUCAAUAACAAAGUAAUUUCAACCCUACUAAGCACAAAACAUGAGUAUUUGACAUGAAAACGAGGCCAUUGGGUAAAAGAAAAUAAUCAGUAAGGUCUAUUAGACUCUUUUGUCUGGAAAACCGACAUGGCCGCCAUGGCUUUUGUUGAGUUGGUCCCUGGGGAAUGAGUGCAAACGCUCUAUUGCGCCGAUUAUGAUAAUAUUAUGAUAAUGUAAAACACCUGCCGAUUGAUAUUCUGUUGGAAACCCUGAACUCUGCAAGAUCGAUUUUUAUUUUACUUUGGAUGAGGUUUACCAUAGGCCUGGUUGUAGUCUAACUUGGCUUACUAGUCAGAUUUUGAUGUUCUCAUCCAGCCAUGCUCUUGUGAGCCGAAACAAAAUCUACCGUAAUCCGAAAGACAUGUCGAUUUCACCAUGCUCUUUCACAGACAGAAAAUUUCAUAUUUGUAACAGAAGGCAUUGCUUUGGAGACAAAGUUUCGUCAAAAAGAUCCAAUCCUCAUUAUAUUGAUAUGACAUGUCGCACAGAACUGGUUUUAUGAUGCCAUAAAAACAUAAUAUUGACAUGCUGUCAUCAUUCUUAGUUUGGCGGAUUAAAAUUUACAGAUAAUUAUCUUGUUUCUUUCUUAGAUGUGUAUGAACAGCAGAUGUGUUCCUGUUAGCGAGGCUAUCCCAAUCUCUGCUGGAAACAAAUGUCCCAAUAAUUGUUCAGGAAAAGGG